AUGUCAGGUCGAGGAAAAGGCGGGAAAGGUUUAGGAAAAGGUGGCGCUAAACGUCACCGAAAGGUGUUAAGAGACAACAUCCAAGGAAUCACUAAGCCCGCCAUCAGAAGAUUAGCAAGAAGAGGAGGUGUAAAAAGAAUAUCUGGAUUAAUUUAUGAAGAAACCAGAGGUGUUCUGAAGGUGUUUCUGGAAAACGUCAUCAGAGACGCUGUCACGUAUACGGAGCACGCAAAACGAAAAACUGUGACUGCUAUGGAUAUCGUUUAUGCUUUAAAGAGGCAAGGGCGAACACUGUACGGUUUUGGUGGUUAA